GAUUUAGUCAUGCUCUACAGGUGUGUGUGAAGCCAUGCGUGCUUACCCACAAAUGUUCUUCAAUAGUGUGCCUCCCCUACUCCCCUCUUUCUUUUUUUUUCUCCCCCAGUCUAGCAGAGCUAGGUGCAUAUCAUUGGAUCAGUAGCUGCUGCCUGCCACACUGUCCAAUCACAUCUAGGAGGAGAAAAUAGAGAAAGAAAGAAAGGCAGAGAGAGGGAGAUGGGGGAGGAGAAAGAAAGAAGGGAAGGGAGAGGGAGAAAGAGAGAGAGAAGGAGAUUGAUCAUUUAAACGUCCUGGGCCCUGUGUUCACGGAAGAAAUACCUACAUUCCAACUAUCUGUGCUUUCCCCCCUACCACCGCUUUCACGUUUCAGCGGACUGAAAGGGACUGGAGGGCUGAUUCCCCCCCCCCCACCACCUCUUUUUCUUUUCUUUCUUAUAUGGGUUAUUUUCACCCGGGAGACGCGCUACCACCACCACCACCACCACAUUUACCACCAGGAGCAGCAGGAACAGCAGCAGCGUAGGAAUAUCUCCCCAUAUCCCAUCCCGGGCACGUCGGAUCAGCCGCAGCAGCGAAAACACGAGGCGAUCAUUGCGGUGGACUGGAAGAGGAGAACAUGCACCGCGGGAUCUCACUCCGCUCACCCCGGCUGGGAGUCAGUCUGGGAAUGUUAUGGGGGUGACCGGAAGGAGAGAGUGACAGAGGAACAGUGAUGCCACUGUUUACAUAACGACACAUUCACACACAUGCAUCAACACACGUAUAUACAUGCCGACAUGCAUGCAGGCUCAAAUUGCCAGUCCAGGACACACACGCUCACUUAAACUCUCCAGCACAUACAUACGUACACUCACAGGGACUCAGUGACUGAGUCACUGCACACUCAGAGGCAAAGACUCACUGACUCACAUGCAGACACAUACACAAGGGGAAAAGGUUGCUCUCAAGAGACAGGACUGCGUGCAGUGUGUGUUAUGGGCCAAGCUGAGCAGCAGCUGUGCGUUAGAGUUGGAUACCUCUGAGGGGUCAGCAUAGACCUAACCCUCAACCUGCCUCCAGCACCUCACUCUCCCCCUCAUCCCUCUAGUUUUCUGCCUAAUCAAACCGUCAUGUCUGAGCUGAGGACCAGCAGAACUAUCCCUUCCUCCCCCUUCUCCUCCCCACUUGGAUUUCCAUCCCUCCUCCUUUCCCUUUGCUUCUCCCUUUCUCUCCAGCCGACCUCUUUGUCGGCUGAGCAGACAGUGCCUGUUGUUUCCACGGCGCAGGGCCGCAUUCGUGGCAUCCUGACCCCUCUGCCCUCGGACCUUCUGGGGCCUGUCAUCCAGUACCUGGGAGUACCGUAUGCAAGGCCACCAACUGGGGAUCGCCGCUUUCAGGCACCUGAGCCGCCUCUGCCGUGGCCCGGAAUACGGAAUGUGACACAGUUUGCUCCAGUGUGCCCGCAGGCUUUGGAUGAGAGGAGCAUGCUGGGAGAUAUGAUGCCAUCCUGGCUCACUGCAAACCUGGAUAUAGCAGCCACUUACCUCACUCACCAGAGCGAGGAUUGUCUCUACCUCAACAUCUACGUACCCACAGAGGAAGACAUCCAUGAAGAGGGGGGUCAGCGGCCAGUGAUGGUCUACGUCCACGGAGGCUCGUAUUCUGAAGGCACCGGGAACAUGAUGGAUGGCAGUGUGCUUGCAAGCUACGGCAAUGUCAUUGUCAUAACCCUCAACUAUCGCCUUGGAGUUUUAGGAUUUCUCAGCACAGGUGACCAGGCAGCAAAAGGGAACUACGGCUUGCUAGAUCAGAUUCAGGCUCUGCGCUGGGUGAAGGAGAACAUUGCAUCCUUUGGCGGCGAUCCAAGCAGGGUCACCGUGUUUGGAUCUGGUGCUGGUGCAUCAUGCGUUAGCCUCCUCACCUUGUCCCACUACUCUGAAGAUCUGUUCCACAGAGCCAUUAUCCAGAGUGGCAGCGCUUUAGCCAGUUGGGCUGUCAACUACCAGCCAAGCAAAUAUGCCCGGCAGCUCGGCGAGAGGGUUGGCUGUGGCAUUGAUGAUAGCACUCAACUGGUCACCUGCCUCCAGGGCCGGAGUUUCCGUGAACUUGUGGAGCAGAACAUUACUCCGGCCAAAUAUCACACUGCUUUUGCCCCGGUGAUUGAUGGCGACGUUAUACCUGAUGACCCUCAGAUUCUGAUGGAGCAGGGAGAGUUUUUGAACUAUGAUGUGAUGCUCGGGGUCAACCAAGGGGAAGGCGUGAAGUUUGUGGAGGGAAUUGUGGACUCUGAGGACGGUGUCACAGCCGAGGACUUUGACUUUGCCGUGUCAGACUUUGUGGAUAGUCUGUAUGGUUACCCAGAAGGCCGAGAUACGCUAAGAGAGAGCAUACGGUUCAUGUACACUGACUGGGCAGACCGCGACAACGCAGAAACUCGUCGAAAGACAUUGGUAGCACUGUUUACAGAUCACCAGUGGGUGGCGCCAGCCAUUGCUACAGCAGAUCUCCAUGCACAGUAUGGGUCUCCUACCUACUUCUACUCCUUUUACCACCACUGCCAGAGUGAUGCCACGCCACCCUGGGCUGAUUCUGCCCAUGGUGAUGAGGUGCCCUAUGUGUUCGGCGUGCCCAUGGUGGGUCCCACUGAUCUGUUCAACUGUAACUUCUCCAAGAACGACGUGAUGCUGAGUGCAGUGGUAAUGACUUACUGGACCAACUUCGCCAAGACCGGGGAUCCAAACCAGCCAGUUCCUCAAGACACCAAGUUCAUCCACACAAAGCCCAAUCGCUUUGAAGAAGUUGCUUGGUCUAAAUACACCCCCAAAGAGCAACUGUACCUCCACAUUGGCCUCAAGCCGCGUGUCAGAGACCACUACCGCGCCACCAAGAUCUCCUUCUGGCUCCAGCUUGUUCCUCACUUGCAUCAUGUUAAUGAACUCUUGCAAUCUGUUUCCUCCUUCACACACAGUCCAUCUCCACAAGACGAUACGCCUUAUUCCUAUACCAAGCGUCUAUCCAAAGGUUGGCCUCCUAUAAGCACACGUCAUCCAAGUUCGCAAGGAGGAACGCCACAGCCUCCGGAGUCCGCUUUGGGUCAGGACGGAGGGGAAAGUGGAGUUCGGAUCCCAAAUGAGGACUACUCGACUGAACUCUCAGUUACCAUAGCAGUAGGAGCAUCACUGCUGUUUCUCAAUAUUCUUGCAUUCGCGGCUCUGCUUUAUAAGAAAGACAAAAGACGUCUUGAGCACAGAAGACCACGUCCGCUGCCUCCUCCUAGAAGAGACAUAACUCCUGCAGAUGUUGCAGCCCACCUGCAGGGGGAGGGGCUGAUGUCAUUACAGGUGAAGCAGCUCGAGUGUGAUGUUGCGUCAGCGGAUGAGAGAAACAACGCCCACCACCAUCACACUUUGGACACGCUUGAUGCCCUGGACGGUUUGGACACCCAGGACAUUUACAGCACACUGGACACUGUGCGACUCACCUGUCCACCUGAUUAUACCCUAACCUUGCGCCGCUCUCCAGAUGACGUUCCUCUCAUGACCUCCUUGACCCCGGGCUCGCUGCCCGUGACCCCGGGGUCACACCCUGUUACUCCUGCAACACCAAUGACCCCAAUGACACCAGGAUCGGUGGCUGGGAUGAGGAUGGGCCACCCUCACCAGGGAUACACACACCAUAGCCCGUAUAGUAAUACACACUUGCCCCACACACACAUCUCCACGCACACACACUCCACCACACGUGUAUAACCGCAGCCAGACACUGACAAACACAUCUACAGCUCACAAUCCAACACGCCUACACAUGCACACAUACACAUUCACACACAUGCAUAAAACAGACUGAAAUACCUCUAAUAAUUACCCUGCAGGAUUGUUACAGAUUGAACCACAGAGAGACUUCUGUCAGAAUGAGAAGGCAGACGUGUGUGUGUUGCAUGUUGGGUAACUGCAGUUAAACUGGGUUCCCCAGAGACACAACUCUGUGAAACCCAAUAUGUCAAGACCUGCUCUGGAUUUUAAAUCAGCUUUUUCUACACCUGAGGAAGAAGAUAAAUGGUGCGUGGGUCAGUUCUGGUUCUCUACUACCACACCUGAGUGACUGUCCUGGGAGUGAGGAUAUCAGACGCAGAUGUAGAAAUGAGUCGAGAAGUACCACACACAGACUGCUAAUGUCAACUUGAACAACCUGUUAAAAUGUGAAUGUAGCAUUUUUUUCCAUUAAAAUAGAUCAAAGGCCCUAUCUGCCAAGGAUCCAACUAAGCUAAGAUGGAAAGAAAAGAAAAAAAGCAAGGGAUGGUUGUAAAAAAAAGAUUUACAAGAGAAAGAUUAAAAGACAAUUUCAGUUGAAGGAAAAAAAAUUGAUUGUAAGGGAGAUAAAGAUUUUGUUGAGUGAUAUUUGACAGUGAGGAAAAGAGGAUAGAUAUCAAAAAACAACAUGGAAAGUAUGCCAAGAGACAGAGGUUAGAUUUAGAUGAAGAACGGUCCUCUGAAGCGUUGCCAGACUCACUGAGGAGUCACUCUAACCAGCUAUGUGUCAAACUCUUGUAAAUAGAAUGGAAAGAUACAGAUAUAUUAUGAUUUAUAGCAUUUACCUGCUACUUGCAUUAAAACAUGACUUAUUUAACCACAUUAUUGCUUUCAUUUCAGAUAUUAAUAUAUUAUUGUAUAGGUGUCCUAAAGCAAGGCUGGUUGUCUUUCCAUCUCACCUGCUGUAGUAUUUACACAGUACAUUGAUAUAAAAGCUACAUUUGCUAUGCAGAAUCAUUUUAGAGAUGUUUUUUUUUUUACAUGUGACCAUAUAGAUACUUGUUCAGCAGCUGAACUAUAGAAUAUUUACACAUCAUCCUGCCAUUUUUCUUUCAACAUUGAUCAAUGAGCUAGUACUGUGUAGAUAAUGCAAUAUUGGUUUGAUGAUUAAGCACCAGCCAAAAAAAACAAACAAAAAAAAAACAUUAACCCUUUGACCCUUUAUCCCGUUGUCCCUGAUUGUUCUUACAUGAUUUUCCUUUCUGAACCCCAACUCAUAAUGAGGUUUUUGAAAGACAGACAGAUGGUGAUGAUUAAAGGGGCCCAGAAUUUUACGGAAUGUAUAAAAAACUCAAUGAGGCAUUAUUUCUUGUAAAAGAUCCUUAAAAGGUAAUUAAAUCUAUGAAACUUCUUCGCUUUUUUCAUGUUACAACCACAAACUGUUUUUUAAUUUAAUGACAUUUUACAUGGUAGUACACCAUUGGAAAGUAGAAGAUUUGUCAACUUUUGAUGAAUUUACAGCUAUAAAUCUUUUGUCAUUGUCAGCUCUGCACAAAUAGAAACCUUUUGUUGUUUUAAAGAAUCGUUUUUGUUCAUAUUUCUUUACAAAAGAGCUCAAAUUUGAUUAACCAUUUGUAACCAUCAGGUUUUAAGUCCAUAGAUUCUCAAUUGGAUUUACACCUGGACUUUGACUGGGUCAUUUUAACACAUCGAUAUGAUUUGAUGCAAUUAUAUAUUGCAUAUCAGUUUACAUAUUACCAUUGGCUGCUUCUCAGAUCAAUGCUGUUUUGCACUGUCUGUUGGUUUCAGGGGUCUCAAACUCCAGUCCUCGAGGGCCGCUGUCCUACAGUUUUUAGAUGUGCCACAGGUACAAAACACUGGAAUGAAAUGGCUUAAUUACCUCCUCCCUGUGUAGAUCAGUUCUCCCAGCCUUGCUAAUGACCUAUUUAUUCUAUUCAGGUGUGGUGCAGCAGAGUCACAUCUAAAAGUUGCAGGACUGCGGCCCUUGGGGACUGGAGUUUGAGACCCCUGGAACUUUAGGUGAAGUUUGCACACUAGAUUUUAUUUUUACGUACCAGAGUAAAUGUGGAUCUGCAGUUGUUUUUUGAAAAAAAAAAAAAAAAAAAAUUAGUCAUAAAUUGUCUUCCAUUUUAAAAUUUUGAACAACUUUGUGUUGAUAUGUUAUAAUAAAGUAUUUUACAGGUUGUGGUUUUAACAUAAAAAUGUACAAAUACUUCUGAAAGGCACUGUGCCCUUGAUAUUUACACUUCACAAAGAGCCGCUGUUUUUCCAAGUUGUUCCCCUGAUUAAACUACCUAGUGCUGACAAAAAAAUCCUGGCCCUGAUUAAAAAAACUUCUCUAAAAUCAAUUUUUUACAGCUUGAAGUUGGGUUUACUUUCCUCGACCUUGGUUUGGAGCAAGCUUUGAUUAAUGAGGUGAAGAUAAAGUAGCUUUGGGUUAUAAUGAGAGCAACGUAACACUGUAGGAAAACAAGGCUCCAAACAUGCUGCUUCCUAAGCCUUAAUAUCCUCAAACAGGAUCAUUUUUUUAAUUAAAAAUGUUGAAUUAAAACAAAUCUAUCUCUGAAAUUCUGACCAUCAUCUUGUGGACAUAAUGACAUUACUGAGGUUUUUGUUGUUGACUUCACUGUGAGUGUAGGAGGGCUAUGGUUGUUACUGGUCUUCGUCAUUAGCAGUAGAGAUCAAGCAUUUCUCAAAUCCAUUACAAACAAUUUCCAUGCAUAAGUAAAGUAUUUAACUUAAAGAGCUCCCAUGGAGACCAUAUAAAAGCCUUUUGCAGUGCUCCAGUUAACAAAAAUGAUUAUAGGACCCGUAAUGACUUCAAAUCCAGUAACUGAACCAAGUGCCCUAGCAAAGGUUUUGCAGCAUUUAUGUAUUAUCCUGCAUUUGUUUCCCAGCCAUUUUCCUUCAUCCAACUUUAGUCCGGUCCUUCCAUCUCUUCUCCUUCCCAGCCUCAACAUGUGUGACCACAAGCAGCUUUGUCACAUUGAGACCUAUAUAAUCUCUGCUCAUUCUAAGUAACUUCCUCAUUAGUUUUCCUCAGAGUUUUUUUAGUCACUUGUUAACUGAAUAUGUGAAAAAUUUAAAAUUGCUGAAAACUUUGUGGCGAACAAAGAACUUUUACAAAACGAUACAAAAAUAAUAUUUAAAGGAUGUUUGGAUGAAUAUUUGUUUCUUCUUAUGGGUUUGCCGUCUCAGCAGACGGAUGGCGUGUGACGAGCCUAAAACAUUUCUGCUGCAUUUUUGAAAAAUAAAAAUAUCAGUAUUUUACAAUUGUUGUGCAUUUUACAUUUUUACUGUCCCUGUUUUAAUAUGUAUGGCACUGUUUAAAUUAGAUAUUUGAUUACUUUAAAAUUAAUUUGUUGUGGGUAUUUUCUUUCUGUAACUUGAUGGUUCUUUUAUUUAUAGCAAUUAGAAAAUCUUCAGAGGAGAUAACUUCUUCGCAAAAAUGCACAUAGCAGAUCAAUAACAUAUGAGCAAUGUAACAAGAAGCUUAUGGUCAUGUGUUUUUUGUGAAUGAACAUUGAGCUUGGUUAUAUAACUGUAGAUUUUGUGGACUCUAUGACAAAAUGAAAUUUACAUCUAAAUCCAUAAAAAUGGAUAUCCUUUAGACAAAAAUUAAAAGAAAAACAAAAGUAUUCUGUCCAACAUAAUAGAAUUCAGAAUAAGAUUUAAAACUUAUUGAAUCUUUUCAUAAACAUAAAUUCAUUGAUGUCAUCAGCAAAUCUAAAAGCAGAAUAUUUAUUUAGUUUAAUCCCACAUUCUGAAUAAAAAUAUUUAAAUAUUUAUCAGAAGUUUACAUUUCAUUACACAAUCAUCAUAUUUGUACCAGUGAAAAAAAUUCUCCCCAGCUUGAGAUUUUUUUAAUGUGUUUUAAAUGAAAGGUCUGCUCAUCUUUUGAUGCUAUAAACUGACUGUGGUAUGUUUAUUACACAACUAUUUAUGUCAAAUAACUUCUAAUGUUAUAUCAAUUCUGAUCUGUUUACAUUUAUCUUUACGUUGCUAAGGUAUGCUAGAGGACGUCCCACUGAGGAAGGAUCCCAGUCUAAUACUUCUUUAAGAUUAAGAAAAUCAAUACUACACAUAUAAGCUUAGCUUAUGUAUUAGAUUAACUAUGCAGUGACAUAACAUCUGUUUUAGGCAUUACACUUGCUAAUUAAUGAUAUCUAGGGCACAGCAGUCUGUCCUAUUUGUGUUUCUUAGAUAUUUAUUUCCAAAUAAAGCCCCUGCAGAUCAGCAUCAGCAUGCUGCUUCAACACAGUUCACUACUGUGGCCGACAGGUGCAAAUGCAAGGUAAUGGUACAACAAAUGGUGAAACGCUGCAAACAGGUGUAAACACUUAACUAGGAGGCACUGAAUCCAUUAGUACAGGUGCUUCACUGUUUUCUGUACUUUAAUGUAAGGAUUGUAGAAAGAUGGUCAGAAUGAAUGCAACUGGCCAAAUAUGUGGAGCAAACUAGCUUGAAAGCACAGCUCUUCACAUAUAUAGGCUGACCUCAUAUUGCAGUUCUUUGCAAUAUUCUAGACUGAAAAUGUGAUAAUGAUUAAAGUCAAAUAUAAUGUAAAGCUCUACCUGAGAUUGGAUAGGUUUGAAUUGCAUCUGACUGAAGUCAGUACUGCAGAGGCAAUUAGUAGGCAUAAAUGUAAAUCAUAAUGAACCAUCACCAACUGUCAGCUGGCCAAGCAGACCUUGUUAGAUGUCAACAAACUAAACUCAUGGCUGACUUCCAGACCAGAUUGAUGUCUCCAACAUUGUGUCCCUCCUCUAAUCCCAUUAACUCCACUUAAUUUGAUUUGUGGAAGGCACCAUGUCAGAAUGCAUGAGUUGAAUCCAUGACCAGGUGUUCCUUUGCUUAAUGUCAAAGCCUGUUAGGAAUGGUUCAGAACUGAAAACACUCUUGCUUUGUUUAUCUUGCCAGCUAUUAGCUCCACAGCAGACAAAACAAAGGUCAAUUAGAAACAGAAGCACUUUUGUUAGUAUAUCUGUUUAGAUGUUUCUUAGGUGUGUUCUCCAUUUGUAGAAAAUGGACCUCAAGGUGGUUUGCUGUUGUUCCAAGUGACUUUUUAAGCCUGUCUAGACUAAUAGAUGUCAAGGGCUUUGUUUUCCAUGUUGUUUAAUUCCUUUUAAUGAUGUGUUACUUUUUGAGAUUUUUAUUUACUCCAUGUUGUCAGGCUGGUGAUCAAGUUAUCAAGACUGAGCUUUGCUACUGAGAUUGAUUAAUCAGAGCUAAAUUGUGAUCCAUGAGGCAAAUGGUAUUAUUGGUGGGUGGUUGAGUUGGGUGGUCCUUUCUUGACAUAAAAGCAGGUUGUCUUGGAUUUCACUCCUCCCUCAAUAAAUGGACAUUUUAUAUUCAUAGAAAGUGAUAUAUCUGCUCAGACUUGUAGUAGAGAGAGAAAAAUAAAUAUUCAAUUGACCGAUUGA